CUUACAUAUAUCCUCCAGUUGCUAAAUUGUGACGAGAGAAAGAAGUGAGAGCGAAGGAGAGAGGAAGAGGAGGGGGAGACAGAAAUGGCGCAUGUUUGUUUUGUGGCGCAUCAUCGUCAUCUUCUACCGUGCAGCGGAAGCAGCUUCUCCACAACCACGAGCAAAUGGCGGAGGAGAAGCAGCGGCUGCAGCUUCUUCUUCUCCGGCCCUUUACGAGCAACAGCAACUUCCUCUCCUCCUCCUCUUUCUGGCUCCAAUGGUGCUCCUCCUUUAAAUAUGGUGGAAACGAAGAAGGGACCGUUCAUUAUGGAGAUCCCUCUUGAUAAAAUCCGAAGGCCGCUCUCCAGGACACGAGCCAACGACCCCCAGAAGGUGAAGGACCUCAUGCUCAGCAUCAGUGAGAUUGGUCUUCAGGAACCGAUUGAUGUUCUUGAGGUUGAUGGGGUGUAUUAUGGCUUUUCUGGUUGUCAUCGUUACGAGGCACACCAGCGUCUUGGCCUGCCCACUAUCCGUUGUAAAGUUAGAAAGGGAACAAGGGCAACCCUUAGGCACCAUCUGCGGUGACGUGCUCAGAUUGACCAAGUGGUUAGCAAAGCAACUAAUAGCAAGUUAUGGCCAAGAGAAGAGAUGACAAGUAGAUUUCUUUAUCAGGAGUUCGUCCUAUCUGAGUAAGAAUCGACAGAUUUAAUCUGCCUGUAACUUUCCGCUGGAUUCGGCAAAUCCGCUGUCCUUCUAAUUGCCACAUGUCUGUAUAUCUGUAAAUCAUCAAUUUGGAACCUGUACCAAAAAAAAGCACAGCUAGUGACGUGAAAGUUUAUUAAAUUAAAGGGAAUAGUUUCAUAGA